UCAGUUGGCGUUCUGCGCUUGAGGAGAGAACGACGUGUACUUGAAGAAAAAGCCAUAUUAAAGGAUGUUGUUUCCUAAAGAUAAUAUUGUCUAGUGACUAUGAUUAAUGAUCAAUAGUUGUCUUCAUUUCAGCUGUGAUGAGCGAUGGAGAGAGAGGGGAACAGCUGUGGUAGAGAGACAGUGAAGGGAGGAGGAUCUCAGUGAGAGUCAGAUGCUGCACAAGGCAGGAACAGAGAGAAGUCGACCAAAGAGAACAUUGGGAAAAGAGGAUGACCAAAGCAAAGGAAUACGCCUAACAGAAAAAUGAAGGAAUAUCUUUGUGUGCUUUGACAAGUGGCAUUAUAACAGAUCAGAAUGGGAAAUACAGAUAGUCAGUACAGCGGUUUCAUCAUCCCUGGUAAGGGAAAAUCUAGCUCCCUAAAAAAAAAAGAGGAGGUACUGUCCCCGCACUCUUGGUGGAGGAACUCUGAGAGCACGUCUGGAUACAAGGCCAAAAAUGGUUUUUCACCACACAAGAACAGCCAACCUUACAUCUCCCGCCAUUAUGACUGCAUUAAGGGGAGAUCUAGUGACAAAAUAUGUGCAGAGAGCCACCAAGACAACCUUUUAUUCCAGGGAAAUGGUUUCUUUGUUGGCUGCAGACAACAGACUGGAGGCCUCCAGGCCCCUCUGAGGAGCCCCAGUUCUGAGCUUAAAGACAGUAAGAGCAGUCCCAAAGUUCUUUUUCGCGAAGAUGGAAGUCUGAGGGUAGAGUUUACCAAUGCACGGAAGGAGCCAGAUGUUGAGCUGUCUCUGAGCAGUUGUCUCAGUGGACCUGUUGAUGCUACCCAGAGGGCCAGUAAUGGGAGCUCUCUUAGCUCUGAGGGCUCAUGGUAUGACUCACCCUGGGGGAAUGGAACAGAUCUUUGUGACAACGUCUUCACCACCAGCCAGCCUUCAGACAACAGUAGUGGAUAUACCACACUCUCAUCCACACGUACAAUGGACCUUGGAUGUUUUAGUGGGUACCCUACAGAACAGUCUGAGAAUCAUAUGGGUAGCCUCGCCUGCCAAACCACAGUUCAUGCCAGUCAAUACGCAAGUAGUGAUUCCUAUAGCAAUGGGUACAAUACCAACCACGCUGAGGGGGACAGUGGUAUUGGGGACUCUGUGCUCCUUCAUUUGGAACAUAAUGGAUUAUCUGAUCUAUACACAAACCCCAACAUGACUGUGCCAUUCCCUACCGUGGGCAUCCAAGUGGCGGAUCAGCUUGAGGACACUCCUCAGCUCCAAGCCUCACUGACCUCUUCCCUGGAUGCAAACUCCCAAGACGAGAGUCGGGAAACUCAGCAUUACACCUCACAGACCCUACCAUGCAGAAAAGCAGUUCCUGAUGGGAACACAAGGAAGGACUCGCUCAAAAGUCGCAUCCGCCGCCUCAGCGACUGGACGGGAAGUCUGAGUAGGAAGAAGCGGAGGCUGCAGGAACCUCAGGAACCUAGUACUGUGGACUUUACCAAUGUCUUUAACUGUGGAGCUGGGGGCACACUAGAGGAAUCCAGACCAUUUUGGAAUCCCAUGUCCUCCCAGACAAAGGCGGACUGCUCUGGGUCCUUAACGGUCCCAUUUGGUCAUCAGAACCAGGGUGCAGCCCUGAGGCAGAACAUCUAUGAGAACUUUAUGCAGGGCCUGGAGACUGGCAGUUGCAGUGGAACUGCUGAUGGACCCCAGUUCUGGGAAUGUGAAGGGGAGAGCAGCAAUGGCUCAAUGGGCUCCUUGGAGCAAAUGGACUUCCUGUUUGAGAAGGAGCAAGGUGUUGUGCGGAGGGCUGGCUGGCUGGCUUUUAAGCCCCUCAUUUCCCUCCACAAGGAUCGCAAACUGGAGCUGGUAGCAAGACGCAAGUGGAGGCAGUAUUGGGUCACGCUUAAGGGCUGUACACUUUUGUUGGGUGAAUCCAAUGGAAAGACCUCCCCAGAGCAGGAAUGCACACCACAUUACGCAGUGCUUGCUGAGGACAGUAUUGUGCAGGCAGUUCCUGAGCAUCCCAAGAAAGAGAAUGUCUUCUGCCUCAGCAAUGCCUAUGGAGACGUCUAUCUCUUUCAAGCUGCAAACCAAACAGACCUGGAGAACUGGGUGACAGCCAUCCACUCUGCCAGCGCAUCACAUUUAGCUAAGCGUCAGGGGAAGGAAGACACUCUACGUUUGCUGAAGAGCCAAAGCAGAGGUCUCCUGCAGAAGAUCGACAUGGAUGGCAAAAUGAAGAAGAUGGCUGAGCUGCAGCUGUCCGUCAUCAGCGACCAGAAGAACAGGAAGGCUAUUGAGAGCCAGAUCCAGCAAUGGGAACAGAACCUGGAGAAGUUUAACCUAGAGCUCUUCCGCAUGCGCUGUUACCUGGCUAGCCUGCAGGGCACAGAGCUGCCCAAUCCAAAAAGCCUGCUAGCGACUGCUGGACGCCCAUCUAAAUUGGUUCUUGGUCGUCUGGGAAUUUUUUCCGUUUCAUCCUUUCAUGCACUGAUAUGCACUCGUGAUGAGGCCACCCUGAAGAGACGAUCUCGCUCUCAUCCUCGAGGAAUGCGGAACAAACGAGGACUACUGUUUUCUUCACAGAAGGGAUUGGACAGUCUGACCAAACGCAACUGUGAAAAGAGACAGUCCCUGUCCCAGAUAUUUGAAGGAUAUUCCUCUGGAUCAUUUGGUCAUCCAUCCACGCAAAGCAGCUCAGAGCAGAAGCUGGACGUCUUUACCAAACUGCAUUUACCAGCGCCACCUGAAGGUCACCCGUGGGACUGCGGUCUGGAAAGCCGGGCUUAUCUGCUCAUGCCGGACGGUCAGGUCAUCAAUGUGCCGGUCAAACGGGACUCUCUGGUUUCUGAUGUUCUCUCAUUGGCGUGCAAGGUAAAGCAGCUUGACCCGGCUCUUCACUGCCUGCACAUGAGGAGACAUUUGGGACAAGAUGUGGAGAGACGCACUGCAGCGCCAACAGACCUGCUGAGGACCCUGGUCUAUGAUGAACUGGAAAUUUGGCCUCGCAAUGUGUUGACCCUAAACAUGUCCCGUCCGGACACAACCAUAGACUUUGGUUUCGCUGUCACGGGUCACGUGGAUGGCGCCAGGAGAAGUCACGUCUAUGUGAGCGAGGUGAAUCCUAAAGGCUUGGCGUUUAUCCAAGGUCUGAGAGCAGGAGACGAGAUCUUGACUCUCAACGGCGCGAGCGUGGCCUCUCUCGACCUCGGCCUCAUGCAGAGCUUCUUCAGCCAACAGGAUCUCCAUCUUGUCCUCAGACGUGAGGAAAACAGCUCAGAUGAGCAGAGCUCUGUUUGGCCAGACUGUGAACCGGAUCCGGGCCACAUCCUUCACCUGGAGCAGUGGACCACUGAUCCAUCUCAAGAUCAGGAAUUUCCAGAGGGCUUCAGGGCGCCUGCUUUGGAGGAGGUGAACGAUAAGGCCGAGCGGGGCGGGAAGAACCCAGAAACGGUGUGUAAUCUCUACCAGACGUUCUCUGAUGGAUCUGUUCUCGUGCCAGAGGGCCACAGGAACCCUUACUCCACUGAAAAUGCCCUUGCCAGAUCCUCUCCCCGCCACAUGUCCGUCACUGAGCGCCUGCGCAUGGUUAUUCAAGAGCUGGUGGACACGGAGAAAUCUUAUGUCAAGGACCUUGGAUCUCUGUUUGAGAUCUACCUGAAGCCAUUACAAAAAGAAACGUUCCUCAGCCAUGACGAGAUGGAGUCUCUGUUCGGCAGCCUGCCCGAGAUGCUGGACUUCCAGAGGGUUUUCCUACAAACCCUAGAGGAGAGGACCACUUCCUCACCGGACUACCAUGCACUGGAGACGCCAGAGAAACUUAAGAAACUCCUCUUCUCCCUGGGCGGAUCUUUCUUAUACUACGCAGAUCACUUUAAGCUUUACAGCGGCUUCUGUGCCAAUCACAUAAAGGUGCAGAAAGUUCUCGAAAGAGCAAAAACAGACGGGGCGUUCAAAGAGUUCCUGGAGGCGAGGAACCCCACCAAACAGCACUCGUCCACCCUGGAGUCGUACCUCAUCAAGCCCGUGCAGAGGGUCCUGAAGUACCCGCUGCUGCUGAGAGAGCUGGUGUCUCUCACCGACCCCGAGAGCGACGAGCGAAACCACCUCACAGAGGCAUUAAAGGCCAUGGAAAAGGUGGCCAGUCACAUAAAUGAGAUGCAGAAGAUCUAUGAGGAUUACGGCACAGUGUUCGACCAACUAGUGGCAGAGCAGAGUGGCCCCGAGAAGGAGGUCACCGAGAUCUCCAUGGGAGAGUUCAUCAUUCACAGCUCGGCACUCUGGCAAAACCCUCUUCCCUCUUUGGGCCGCAUGAGAAAAGACCCUGAACUCACCCUCUUCCUCUUCAAGAGAGGGCUCAUUUUGGUGUAUCGGGAAAGCAAGCUAAAGAAAAGAAUGACUUCUUCACGGCCAGGGGAUCUGGAUCCUUUUAAAUUCCGCUGGCUCAUUCCCGUAUCAUCCCUACAGAUCCGACCUGGAAAUUCAGCAGGGUCAGAGAACCCUUGUGUUUGGGAGGUUGUUCACACCAAGUCUGAAGUGGAGGGACGGCCAGAGAUGUUCUUCCAGCUCUGCAGCAGUAAUCUGGAGAACAAAGCCAGUGCAGUGAGGACCAUCCGCACCCUCUUGAGAGAGAACGCCAAGCGGACGGCACCGGUCGAGCGCCGGUUCAAAGAUGUAAACUCUAACUUCACCUUCCCCAGGAGGAGCCACCCAGGAGCGCUAAGAACAAACUCCUGGCUGCCACAGCCAAAGACUCGAGACCCGGACGAGGGCCGCCUGCUCGACGGAUACGCUCAUUCUGAGCCCCCCAUCCCGAGCCGAGGAGGGAACUCUGCUCUGAGCAAGAGCCCCACGCUGUGCUCCCUGACCAGCGCCUUGGAAGCUCAACUCCAGAGGCUGAACUUUGUAGAAGAACCGCAAGGAACGAGCAAGAGCAGUUCCAGCAGCCUUCAGGGCAGUCAGGUGACUCUGCUGGAGGACGCUCCAGGGCUGGACCUCAACACCCUGCUGGCCAGGGACUACAGCGUGCAGAGCCUGGGAUCGGUCGUGAACGAGGAUUGCUUUUAUGACACGGUCAUGGGCAUCCAAAAAGCUGCCAUUCCCAGCCUAUAGAGGAAGUUGGUGCAAUGAACAUUGAAAUGCACUAACACAUGAUUAUCGUGCCUUGAUAUGAACAGCUCUUACCCAGACAGUUUUAUAUCUGUGGCUCUGUUGCCAAAUCUAGUGAGCUGACUACUUAGAGCUAAGGCAGCAUCACAUGUAUUCUUCAAGGAAUAUGUAAGUUACUUAUUUAACUCUGAGAAGAACACUACCGGUCAGAAAUGUUUGGAAGAUUUACUGUGAGAUUAAAAAAAAGUCACAUAUGCUCAAUAAAUCUGCCUCUAUUUGAUAAAAAAUUCAGUAAUUAUUACAAUUUAAAUUAUUUUUUCAUUAAUAUAUUUUAAUGGCAAAGCAUCAAAUCUUAGACUGGAGUAGAUGGAGUAAAGAUUCAGCCUUGCAUCACAGGAAUAAAUUAUAUUUUAAACUAUAUUAAAAUCGUAAGAAAUAAAUUAUUUUAUUUUUGUUAUAAUAUUAUAAUACAUGUACUUUGCAAUGAUGUAAUAAUAUAUGUUUUACUGUAUUUGUCAUCAAAUAAAUGCAGCUUAAAGUCUUGAAAAACCUGCAUAUACAGUACGAUACAUAAUAAAAAAAAAUAGACCUGGAAAAGUCUUAAAACGCCAAGCUCUAAAAGGUAGAAAAUUGUGAAUAAAUAAAAAUAUGAAAUACUAAAAUAAAUCGUGAAUGACUGGAAAUGUCAUUAAAUAAAUAAAUUCAUGAAAUUAAUUGGUUUAAAAGAGUGAGAUCGCUGAAUAGCAUUCAACUCUCAAAACAUUCGGAGUUCUGAAUCUUAUUUUAAUUAUAUUUAUUUUAUAGCUUGUUUCUGCCACGGAUUAUUUCUCAGAAUUGUGAGUUCAUAAACUUGAGGGGAAAAAAAGUCCGAAUUAGAAUAAAAAGUUGCAAUUACCUAUAAAUGAUAAAUUAUAUAAUUUUUAAAAACUAGUUUUUGCAAAUUAAAAAAAAAAAAGUUUUAAAUUCAAAAAAUUGUUUCUGAGGUUUCAUUAGUCAGCUCACUGGGGUUUGGAACAGAGCCACUAUGAACAUCCUGAUAAUCCUGCAUUAAAUUCAGAGCAGAGUUUGCCAAUCUCAAGGUACUCUGGCCCUCGAGAUCCACUUUCCUGCAGAGUUUAGCUCAAACCCUACUUAAGCUCACCUCAACAAGCUGAUGGAGGUCUUCAGGAUCUCUAGAUAGAGAAAUCUCUAAAGUGGAUCUCGAUGGCCAGAGCGUUCCAUAUGGGCUGACACAUGUAUUUUUAAUACACGAGCGAAGACUGUUUCACUGUAUGUAAAUACUGUAGCUUUACAUGCGUAUUGCUCUUUCGACAAAGGCUUUUCUCGGCUCAGUACUGAAAUGGCUGGUCUCAAUAUGAAAUGUUUUUUUUUUCUAAAUUAUACUUGUACAUGUUUCUUAAAGACGUUUUGUGUCCACAUUUGUAAUGUGUGAUAUUUUUUUUCAUUACUAUUAUUCAAAGGCAUGUUUUACAUUCCGUAAGUUAAAAACGUAAGUUUUCUUUGUUGUUUAGCCUAAGCUUGAAAAUACUGUUAAGAUAUAAAUGUUGAUAUGCUCUGUUUUGGCCAUUGUAAUUUAUUUGUAAAAAUAUAUGACUUAA